AUGCUUAAAUAUAUAUCAGAUAUAUUAAGUACUAAACAAAUUAUAUUUGAUUAUAAAAAUCAGUAUAUAAGAUGUAUUGAACAUAUAAUUAAUUUGGCUGUUAAACAAGCUAUUAAAAAGCUUUAUAUCAAUACUAAUUAUAAUAGUGAUGAUGAUAUUUUAGAAAAUGAUAAUUUAGAAGAAUUAAAUAAUAUAGUAUAUAAACAAAAAAAAAAUAUAAAAAGAGAUAUUGAUAAUGUUUUAGAACAUGUUUUUAAAAAAAGAAAAGACGAAUAUAAAGAUGAAUUAGAAAAGUAUCUUA